AUGGACGUUGCUGCAGAUAACCUGCAAGCAGCAGCAGCAGAAGGAGGAGGAGGAGGAUCAUGUUCUUCUCAGAAGAAGAAUGGAAGAGGGAAAAUAGAGAUAAAGAGGAUAGAGAACACAACCAAUAGGCAAGUGACUUUCUGUAAGAGACGUAAUGGCUUACUCAAGAAGGCUUAUGAAUUGUCUGUUCUUUGCGAUGCUGAAGUCGCCCUCGUCGUCUUCUCUAGCCGUGGUCGCCUGUACGAGUACGCCAAUAACAGUGUUAGAGCAACUAUUGAAAGGUACAAGAAAGCAUGCGCUGCUUCCUCAAACACAGAAUCUGUAGCUGAAGCUAACACCCAGUUCUAUCAGCAAGAAUCAUCCAAGUUAAGAAGGCAGAUACAUGACAUUCAGAAUCUAAACAGGCACAUUCUGGGUGAAGCUCUGAGCUCCUUGAGUCUUAAGGAGCUUAAAAACCUAGAGGGAAGACUAGAGAAAGGUUUAAGCAGAGUUAGAUCUAGAAAGCACGAAACAUUGUUUGCUGAAGUGGAGUUCAUGCAAAAGCGGGAGAUGGAGCUUCAAAACCACAACAAUUAUCUACGAGCAAAGAUUGCAGAACAGGAGAGAGCACAGCAGCAGGAGCAGCAGCAAUCAAGUGUGAUGCAGCAGCAGCAACAGGGAAGUGUGUGUGAGUCCAUCCCCACACAAUCUUAUGAUCGCAACUUCUUCCCUGUAAAUCUCUUGGCUUCUAAUAAUCAUCAUUAUUCUUCUCGUCAAGAUCACACUGCUCUCCAGCUUGUGUAA